AUGAUUCAUCCGAAAUGGACACGACCCUUUGCCAGCUUUGGCACAAGAGCCACCAGAGCUAGGCCGCUGUCAGAAUGGCAGUCUGUGAUUGGGAUCGAGGUGCAUGCUCAAAUCAAGUCGAGAAAAAAGUUAUUCUCUGACUCAUUUACAGAUUUAGAUGCGAGCCCAAGUGUUUUACCAGGUGAUAGAGUCUCUAUAUUUGAUGCGGCUUUCCCCGGCUGUCUACCGCAUUUCAACAAUAAAUGCUUAGAUUUGGCCAUCCGUACUUCACUCGCACUGGGAUCAGAUGUUCAACAGAGAUCCUCUUUUGACAGAAAGCACUAUUUCUACCCUGAUCUUCCCUCUGGGUAUCAGAUAACUCAAAAAUAUUCCCCUAUCGCCAGAGGAGGUAGCUUGCAGCUCUUGGGCUAUGACGGAAAACUAGACACGGCGAAAUCUACGACCCCUGCUCAUUCCGAGGUAACUCGAGUCGAUUUGAGCCGUGCUGGAGUGCCGUUGAUGGAGAUUGUAUCCGAACCUGAUAUGAGAUCACCUGAAGAGGCCGCAGCCUAUGUUCGCUCACUACAGGCUCUCCUGAGGGCGGUUGGUUCAAGUGACGGCAAUAUGGAGUUGGGUUCUAUGAGAUGUGAUGUCAACAUAUCUCUCAACCGACCAGGAGAGCCGUUUGGGACUCGAUGCGAAAUCAAAAAUUUGAACACGAUUCGCGGGCUUGUGGUUGCAUUAAACGCGGAAAUCGAAAGGUAUAAGAACUUACUCGACCAAGGCCUUCCUGUACUCCAAGAAACAAGAGGUUUCAAUGAGGACACUGCCGAAACAUUCCGGUUGCGUAGCAAAGAAGGCGCUCCUGAUUAUAGGUAUAUGCCGGACCCUAAUUUGCCCCCGUUGGUGAUCGAACAAGAAUAUAUCGAACGCAUUAGGGCACAUAUGCCGACCCUUCCCACUCAAACGCGAGAACGCUUGGUUUCAACCUAUAAGCUAUCGUCGCGGGAUGUGGAUGUACUGAUGGGCAUAGAUGCUGGUGCAGACGUCGGAUUUGACGGAGAAGAGCCCUCUCGGCUAGGCGCGGUAGCAUACUUUGAGUCCGUUGUCCGUGGAGGGCGGGACCCCAAGAUAGUAGCCAACUGGUUACUUCAUGAGUUGAUUGGUCAACUCUCGUUUAGGAGCCAAACGUUCGCUGAUAAUCCAUUGACACCUGAAAGGCUAGGAGAGCUGGUGGACGCUGUCGAGAGUCACGUAAUCACAGGGACCUCUGGCAAACUCCUGAUGCGACAUCUAAUCGAGACACGUUCAAACUUACCUCUUUCCCAGAUCAUCGAAAGUCUUGGUCUUCGAGCAGCUUCUUCCACAUCGGAACUGACGGCAUUAUGCCGCACUGCAAUCUCCAUGCUACCAAAAGAGUCGGAGCUCGUAGCUCAAGGAAACGAUAGGGUCCUUAUGAAAGUUGUAGGCCAGGUCAUGCGCCUUAGCAAGGGUACCGCAGAUGCGCAGGCUGCCCGAGAGGAACUCCUCCGACAGCUUAGAAAAUAG